AUGAUCCCGGCGGGUGAAGGACUUGCCGACAUGAUCCCGGAGCUGGGGGUGCCAAUAAGCGUGCGGGCGCGCAUGCAGCUCAACAUGGCGGUUGUGCCGUACAAAAGUUUGAAUUUCCUGGGCCUUGGAAGAAUAGACAUAUUGGCGAAAGUGAAGGAAGUGAUCUUGCCCCUAAUCUGGUUCGAGGUGAGCGCGGGGCUGACGGAAGAGCUUGCGAAGGACCUGAAGCCGGUGAUGUUCCUACUCCACACGCCCACCAUGACCAUCAUCUGGAGCCUCUUGGUCGU